CUGUGUAACAGUGAAAAAUACAGAUUUGUAGUUGGUACUUUCUCUCUCUUCCGACAUCUCUCCACCGAUUGUCCAGAAACCUCACUAGGGUUUUCGCAGCUUAACAUUGCCGUAAACUCAUUUCAAUUUAUUCCCAUUAUACAGAAUACCAGAUCACUGAAUCUACACUUCGUUUCAGAAGGAUGAGUUUCUUUACUGAGUAGUUCAAUUAUCCGUGCUUGCAAUUUUAAGGGAUCAUUGUUACUCUGGCUGCCGAGCAUUAGAACAAGAGUUUGAAUUAGUGGAGCCCCUUUUGAGCAAAUAAUGUAAAAGCUUCCCAGAAACUUGUAUAGGCAGAACCAGUAUCGGAAGGGUUGGAUGGUGCAUCUUGAAAUGAUUAAAGGUCGUGGAACGAGUCAAUGAACUUCUGUGUAAUCAAAGAGAACUCUGGAGUCUGGAGUGCAUGUGCUGUGAUUCAUCUCUGAGUUCAGAUGUGUCCAAAAUGUUUCCUCUCCAUUGGAUUAAUAUAAACUUGAAAGGCUAUGUUCUACCUUUUUGUGUUACUAUAUCCAACUAGAUUUAUUAACUGUAAACCUAAGAGAUGGGUUCAUUUCCUGGAACUUGUGAAAUUGUUGAAUUAAGGGAAGAGCUGAAUUCAGUUGAAAAAUCUAAACGAAUUCAUCUACCAAAACCAUAUGACAGAGAACUGAAGCCUCUGUCAAAAAUGGGUUCUGAUAAUUCUCUAGAAGAUGAUAUCAAUAAGCUUUUUGAGGCAAUUAAUCUCAAAGGCUCAUCCAAGGGUUCAGGUCUUUCAGACACGGCCCCCUCAAGGAAAAAUGCGUCAAAGAAACCCAUUAAGAUCGGUGUGCCUCCUUCACCAUCAUUUGGCUUUUCUGAGUCAGUGUCUUUGAAGCAGGCACUAAGGGGGCUAUGCAUAUCUCAGGCAUCAGAACUGGCUGCCAUGAAACGGUUAUCUAAGCCAGCAGGUUCUCCUAGGGUGUCAGAAGCAGGUAUGAUCACGAGUUUGUACAGGUCUGUUGCAACUGAAGCUGGUGAAUCUAGUGCUUCCCUGGAAGAUCAUAAGAGGGUGGCACCUGAAAGAUCUCUAAUGCCGGAAGAAAGCACAUCAAAUCCUUCUGAAAAGAUACCUCCGUACCUUCAAGCUCCUCGAUUUGUUGGGGCAACAGCAGAAAAGGGAACAGCGAGGCCAUUUAGCCAAAGUGCCCAUUCUUCUCCUCGAUUUGUUGGGGCAACAGCAGAAAAGGAGAAAGUGAGGCCAUCUAGCCAAAGUGCCCAUUCUUCUCCUCGAUUUGUUGUGGCAACAGCAGAAAAGGGAACAGUGAGGCCAUCUAGCCAAAGUGCCUAUUCUUCUCCUCGAUUUGUUGUGGCAGCAGCAGAAAAGAAAACAGUGACAUCACAUAGUCAAAGUGCCCAUUCUUCUCAUCAAUUUGUUGUGGCAACAGCAGAAAAGGGAACAGGAUCCGCACCAACAGAAAAUAUACCAGCGUCAAUUGAAGUUCGGAGUUUAACACCAAAGAUAAAUGAGAUUGUACCUGCAUCAACAAAGUCUUGCAGUCAAACACCAAAGACAGAGCUGGCAUUGGAAGAACAAGUUGAACAACAUAGAGUGGUUCCUUCUCUAUCUUGUCAUGAUACUGGUGAUAACAUAUUAAAGCCGGGUAAGAACAUUCCUGCCUUAAUUAGGUUUGAGAACAAAGUCCCAGCAUCAAAGUCAAGGCAUAAAGGAAGGUUUCGAACUCUUCCCUCUUCAUCGAGUGUAAUCAACACCAAUAAGGUAAGCAAAUCAACAAGGAACGCCCGUUUGGUCAAGCCAGUUGUUAAGAACAAGGCUAUUGUUAAGAAGACUUUAAAGCACGAUUCGACUUCUGCUGCCUCCAUUUCUAAUACAAAUAAGGAAACUAAUAGGGACUUGGAUACUAAUGCUACUCAAUUGAUUUGCCAGAGAUGCCAAUGCUCUUUGACAAAUGAGAGGAAAGGUUCCAGUAUAGAUUCUCCAGCAUCCAACUCUGCAAGUCUCGGUGCCGAGACCAGUUUGAGUAGUGUGAACUCUUGUGCCACCAAACCAGGCUUUACUUCCAAUGGCUUUAAUAAAAGCAGAGCUGUGGUCACAAAAGCUAACAAGAACUCAAAAUCUGGAGAAAAAGGAGAAGUCUCCCAAAGUUCAAAAAGUAGCCUUGGUGAGUAUAGCACUAGCACUAGCAUCAGUGAAGACAGUAACCUUAGUGGGUCUAGUUGUGGCAAUAAACCUCACAUGUCGAAGGAUUUAAGGUGGGAAGCCAUCCGCCAUGUUAGGAAGCAGCAUGGAGAUCUAAGCUUGAGGCACUUUAAUCUCUUAAAGAAGCUUGGUUGUGGAGAUAUUGGCACAGUAUAUCUUGCCGAACUAAUUGGAACAAACUGCCUAUUUGCCAUAAAGGUCAUGGACAAUGAAUACUUGGCGAGAAGAAAGAAGAUGCCAAGGGCCCAAACUGAAAGAGAAAUACUGAGAAUGCUGGAUCAUCCUUUUCUUCCUACACUAUAUACCCAGUUCAUGUCAGAUAAUCUUUCAUGUUUAGUUAUGGAGUAUUGUCCAGGUGGAGAUCUGCACGUCCUCCGGCAGAAGCAACCUGACAGAUAUUUUCCCGAACAAGCAGCAAGGUUCUACGUUGCUGAAGUCCUCCUUGCUUUGGAGUAUUUACAUAUGCUUGGAGUUGUCUACCGAGAUUUGAAACCAGAAAACAUUCUGGUCAGAGAAGACGGCCACAUCAUGCUUACAGAUUUUGACCUGUCUCUUAGAUGCACUGUGAACCCCACCCUCCUGAAAUCAUGUUCGUCAAAUAUGGAGCCCCCGAAGAUGUCAGGUCCAUGCACCGGAUCUAGUUGCAUUGACCCUUUUUGUAUUGAACCAUCGUGUCAAGUCCCAUGCUUUAGCCCUAGGAUUUUACCGACUACUGCAAAAUCAAGAAAGCUAAAAGCUGACCUUGCAGCCCAGACCAGAUCGUUGCCACAGCUUGUGGCUGAGCCAACAGAUGCACGCUCCAAUUCCUUUGUCGGGACCCAUGAGUAUUUGGCCCCCGAGAUCAUCAAAGGAGAGGGUCAUGGAAGUGCUGUUGAUUGGUGGACAUUUGGCAUCUUUCUCUAUGAGCUUCUGUAUGGUAAGACACCCUUUAAGGGUUCUGGUAAUGAAGAAACUUUAGCCAAUGUGGUGUUGCAAAGCCUCAAAUUUCCAGACAUCCCCCUUGUUAGUUUCCAGGCAAGGGAUCUCAUCACAAGCUUGCUAGUAAAGGAGCCUGAGAAUCGGUUGGGAUCGGAGAAAGGGUCUGCUGAAAUCAAGCAGCAUCCAUUUUUUAAUGGCCUAAAUUGGGCUCUGAUUCGCUGUGCUAUUCCACCGCAGCUACCUGAGUUCUGUGAUCUUGAGGUUCUGAACAUGGCCACUCAGGAAAAGGAGAGAAAGUUUCUGGAGUAUAGGGCUACAGGAGAGCACCUGGAGUUUGAGUUGUUCUAGCAAAAUUCUCUUCUUUUCGGAAGAGAAGCUCUCAUGUUAGGUAUUAAUCCUUACCUCUCCUCCCUUGUUGUAACUUAUUUCUAGCAUAUAAUGUAAAUUUGGUUGAGAAUAUUGUGGAAUGCCAUCGUUUAUGAUAUCGGAAAAUACCAUUGGCUGAUAAUAA